AUGCUUUCUUGGCUCGCCGAAAUUGCAGAAAAAUUUAGCGAACAAUCAAAAAGGCUGAGGCCAAUUGAAUUAGUCAAAACUUUUGCUGAAAUUUGCCGAUUAGAGUUAGAUCUACGUUUUGAAGCUGCUUACUCUUCAGAACUAAAGAAAAAUACAAAAAAUGACAUAGGUUUUUAUGUACCUGAAAUAGAUUGGAAUAGAACUGCAGAAAAGGUUUUAACAUUAGAAUGGAUAGAAGCAACACCAAUAUACGAAGUUGAAAAACUGAAUAAUCGUAAGCAAAUAGCUAUCAAUCUUAUAGAAUCGUUUUGUAGUCAGGUAUACAGGGAUUGUUUUUUUCAUGCUGAUAUGCAUCCUGGAAAUCUAAUGGUUGAUAGUAAUAACAAUAUUAUUGCCCUGGAUUGUGGAAUCAUGGGUAGAAUAGAUCGUGAGACAUGCUAUUACGUUAUAGAGAUACUCAAAGGCUUUUUAAAUCGGGAUUAUGACCACGUUGCAAAAAUGCACUUUAAAGCUGGUUACGUUUCAUCACAGCAUAAAAAUUUUGUCACAGCUUGCAGGGCAAUAGGUGAACCCAUUAUUGGUCAGCCUAUACAGAAGAUUUCAUUUGCUAGUUUACUUGCUCAGCUAUUAAAAAUAACUGGUGAUUUUGAUAUGAAAGUUCAAACACAAUUGUUAUUGCUGCAGAAAAAUAUGAUUUUACUGGAAGGGACAUGUAGAAAGAUCUACCCAGAAAUCAAUAUGUGGAAAGUAGUUGAAGCGUGGAUAAGCAGUCAACAUGAAAGUAAAAUAGGGCAUAGGGAAAAAAUUAGAAAUUCUUAUCCUGUAAAAACAAUCCAAGGGAUAUUUAGCCUUAUAGAAAAAUUAAACCUAAUAGCUGAUAAAAAAUUAGAAAACAUCCAAGUUAAAAAUAAAUCAAAUGAAAAAGUCUAUUUUUUACUGUGGUUUGUAAUUAUAAUUCUAACCGUUAAGUUUUUAAUUUCUUAA